AUUGAGUUCAGAGAGAUGUUGUCGCAGGAGACGAUAAAACAAUUUAUUGGGUGUCAGCAUUCGAAUGCGAGUAUCCUGAAAAACAUUGACAGAUGACGAUGUUGGUCUCACUCUUAAUCUGUGUUGCUAUAUUGUCAGCUGCGUCUACUGUCAAGUGUACGGAAGAAGUGUCAUUCGACGACGACGAUGACACAGAACUAUUGUGUGAGGGCAUAGAUUGCGAAGACUAUGAGUGUCCUGAUACAGAUGAAUGUCUACAUGGGACAGUGCAGGAUGUUUGUCGCUGCUGCAACGUCUGCGCUAAGGGUCCAGGAGAACAAUGCGGUGGCUUUUUGAAUUUGGCUGGAUUGUGCACCGAAGGAUAUUAUUGCCAUCCACACCCCAAGUACCCCCAACACCCUGGAAUCUGCGCCCCCCAGUUCGUGUGACACAAUGCAAAAGCUUGAAGUUUUUGAACAAAUUUGAUCAUUCCUCAUCGAUAAAACAAUAAAGUGCUGGUAAUUUGUCACACGACUGCAUUUUUGAACUUGUUACACUUCCAAUUCUUAUGAAAGAUGAGUGGAGUUGAGCUGUUAUAUGCUUUUUAUUUGGACUGAUGUGGAGCAGGGGAUACUUCGUGUCCCUCCCCCAUCGUUCAAACAAGUUCAGCUGUUUGGAUUUAAUGGCGAUGAAUAUUUCAUAUGAUGAUAUAUUUACUUGCGUCGGAAAUGUGUUGUGAUAUAACAGAAACAUGUGCGUUCUUGUAUACAAAAUGUGAGAACUUUCUUCUUGAAUAAA